AUGAUCAGCCUGAGGACAGCUCUCCUGGCCGCCUUCCUCCUGGGGGCUUCUUAUCAAUAUGCAACAGCCAUAUCACCUACUCCCGUGGAAUGUUGCUUUAAUUACGUGACUGGAGCCAUUCAGCUUGCUAAACUGGUGGAUUUCUACUGGACCCCCCGCGAGUGUCACUUAGCAGCUGUUGUGUUGGAGACGGUUGCUGGCCGCGAGGUCUGUGCUGACCCCUCAAAGCCUUGGGUGAAGAGGGCAAUCAGGGUCUUGGAGGCAAAGAGGAAACAAACCUCACUUUCUGAGAACCACAGAUAA